AAACUCCCUCCCUCCCUCCCUCUCUCUCUGACACAUACUCGACAUAAAGGCGGCGGCGGCUGAGAGACGAGCAGCAGGAUGGAGGAGGACGCUCCGCCCCGACGCUCCGUGGCUGAACUGGCAGGAAGAUUCAAAGACUCGCCUCGUCCUCACGAUGCUGCCAGGAACGAAACGGAGAAGCCGGUCAGAAGACGACCUCCUCACUCUCUACAUAUCCCCAAACCCCACGAAGACGAGCAGGAGCAGCCUCCAGGUGUCACCUCUCCUCUACCUGCCAAAGCCAAGAGGAACUCUGCUCUGAUCGAGAAGCUCCAGGCUAACCUGGCUCUCUCUCCCUCGGCCCUUCAGCCGUCUCCAAAGAGCCCCGGCUUCAGGCUGCUGCCCCCCAACUUCACCCCGCCCUCCCCGGGCUCCGCCCCCGUUACCACGGUACCCACCUCGUCCUCGGGGACCCCCUCCAGCCCCGUCACCGCGGUCACUCCGUUAACCGAGGAGGAAGGCCCCGCCUCCUUUGAAGCCCCUCCCACUGCGGCGGAAGGAUCCAUCUUGUCGAACGCCAACAUCAAGGGCAGAGCUCGCCACUCCAUCCGGAGACGCCCUCCAUCCCGCCGCCACAGGAAAUCCAGUAGUGGAGACGAGGUCGGGGACGUGUCUCUGAGCUCCCCGACUGGAUCAGAAAACACACCAACAGAAGGAGGAGAGAAGGAGGGAGGAGGAGAGAAGGAGGGAAGAGGAGAGGAGGAGGAGGGAGGAGGAGAGAAGGAGGAGGGAGGAGGAGAAGUGUUAAAAAAGGACAAAACAGAUACUUCAACGUCUCCUGAGAAAAACGAAGAUGAGUCAAAGAUCUCCGAGCUCGAAGGAGAAGAUGAGAAGAAGAAGGAGGGAUCGAUGGGAGGAGAGGAGGGAGACGGAUCUCCAUCAGGAGAAAAGGAGGAGAAAAACUCUGCAGAAAAACACAACGAAGGAGUGACGAACAAAGACAGCAACGAAGAAACAAAAGCGGGGACGGCGGGUCAGAGUUCGGCCCGAUGAGAAACCGGACGUCCGGUCGAGUUGGACCCCCGCAGGCGUGAUGAGCCCCUGAGGGACGGCGAGGGAGACCCUGCGGCGGCGAGGCCUGAGGUCAAAGGGCUGUCUGAGAGUUCGGACUGCGUGCAGACGGAUAUUUACCGAACCGCGGUUUGUUUCUUCUCUCAUGUGAAGACGAAGCGACGAGCCGAAUGUUUUUUGUCUUGUAAAGAAUCGCUGAUGUUUGACUGAAAGUUCAGCUUUUGUUCACUCUGACGGACGAGAAAACUCCCGAAAACGGUUGAUGUGAAUUUGUUUUACUAAUCCUCGACUUAAAGCCUUUUUACACUGCAGCGCCGGAUCAUCCGUUUAUAUGAUGUGAUUCUGUUGUUGUCAUUAUGAUGUUUUCCUGAUGUUUGGUGCCUCCGAAACUGUGACUGAUGAUGAUGAUGAUGGUGAUGAUGCUGAUGAUGAUGAUGACGAUGAUGAUGAUGAUGACGAUGACGACGACGACGACGACGACGACGAUGAUGAUGAUGAUGAUGAUGAUGGUUUGUGAUUCUUGUGUACGUUUGUUCUGAUUUGUGCAAAAGUGUCAUAUACAUACAAAUAAGAUAACGAGCUUGUCUUGAAUCGUUUCUGUUGGAAGAUUAAUCCGAAACCUUCUUCCAAACGUCCAUGAACUGUUAAGAGGAAACGGUGGAGCGUUUUAUUGUUUGUACAAAGCCGCGGCAGUGAGUGAGACGCUUCUGUAGCUGCGUUUAAAACUGAGGACGUCACAUUGUGCCUUUUACUUUGAAACUGGAAUUAAAACGCAUAUUUUGGCUA